AUGGGCCCCUGCAACAGCCGCGCGACUUCGCAACAGACCCACCGGCUGCUCCUCCAGAUCUUGACACCGCUGUUGACACCACCAGCCACCGCGUUCGAUAUAACCCCAACAUCGAUACCAGCAUUGCGGAAAAAGCUGCCCCCACGAACGAUGCCGCGACCAGCCCGAGAAAGGCACCCGCCCGCGCAGAUACCGGUGCGCCCUUCAGCCCCACCAGUCGACGGCGCACAACCCGGGCCGGCACAUUUCGGACAGUUGACAACUUCGAAGACUUUGAACUCCGCCCGGGAUGGCAUCGUAUGUUUACCUGAACACCCGCGACCAUGUCGAACUUGUCCUGCUCCUCGACGCUUACCAUACUCCUUUGCAGCCGGUUCGGAACCAGGGGUCGAUCCACUCAAGCCAGAUGGUGGCCACGCAUCUAUGCCUCAACUGAGCGCCCCAUGCCAGAUCACUAUUGUCGACUUCUCCGAAGACAAGCUCUCGAUUCAGAACAAGGACAACUCGUCUCUCGGCUCUUUCUUGGAGGUGCCACAACCAAAGUGGGCAAAAUGUCGGUGGAUCAAUGUGAAUGGCCUGAGCUGGGACGUUAUCCAGCUGCUGGGGAAGCACAAGAGCCUUCAUAAACUGGCCGUGGAAGAUAUUAUGAACACGAGGAGCAGGACAAAGGCCGAGUGGUAUCCAACACAUGCCUUCAUUGUCUUGACUCUUCAAAGGCUUGACGACACCUACAGGGACUCUGACGACGAGAGCUCUGAUUCUGAUGAGGCUGAUGACACAUCUAGCCAUGCUAGUAAUCGCAGCAUCUUCAGUGGGAAAACUGGCAAGUAUUCCCGGAAGCUCUUGAGGCGGUUGAAACGGACAUUCCGUGCUGGGAAGUUCUCCUCAGACACCACAUUAGAGGGUGGGAAGGACUGGCCCCAGGAUGGCUCUGGGCCGUAUCCCAGGGCUUCACGGUCUGAGUACCCAGAGGGCCCGACCAGAACCUUGCGAAGAUACCACGCCGCACCAGACGAUCCUAUCGCAAGGUUUAUGGACAGGAACUCAGCCCUGAUCUCCAAAAACUACACGGUAGCCUGUGAGCAGGUCUCCAUGUUCAUCACGAACGACAACACCAUAAUUAGUUUCUUUGAAGAAUCGGCUGAAGUGAUAGAGGCACCCAUCAUCCAACGUCUCCAGACGAGUGAUACAAUCAUCCGACACUCAUGCGAUGCGUCCAUGGUGGGACACGCAGUACUGGAUGGAAUUAUCGAUCUUGCCAUCCAGGUAGCGAGCUGCUAUCGUGAUGCUAUCGGCGAUAUUGAACCCGAAGUGUUGACUCACCCCAACAUCGGCCACACCAAAAAGCUGUACAUCCUCACAUCGGAGAUCAAUGCGCUGAUUAGUUUCAUCAAUCCAAUCACGACAUUGAUACAAGCCCUGCGUGAUCACAAAACGGAUAUGGCGCUCGACAAAGCCAUGGCCAAAAUCCUGGACCCCAAUCAUGACCCCAUCAUCACCACGCUGACGUACACCUAUCUCGGUGAUGUCCUGGACCACUGCGUCCUCAUCACAGAUACUUUAAAUAGGCUCAAGAGCUCCGCUGAUGGGAUGAUAGGGCUGAUUUUCAACACCAUUUCAGCACAUCAGAAUGAAUCCAUGAAGCAAUUGACCACAGCCACCAUUAUCUUCUUGCCGCUCACUUUCAUCACGGGUUACUUCGGGCAAAACUUUGCUCCGUUCACCGUUUUAGAGCAAGAUAUUGGCUACUUCUGGAAAAUCGCUGUCCCUGUCGUCUUUGCGACGAUAAUCCUUUUGCAGAGGGAAGCCAUUGUCGACUAUUGCAAGGCCAUCUUCCAGCGUCGUUAUCUCUGGGAGUUGAAGAAAAGGCGCUCGGAUCGACGAAACAAGAAGCGGGUUUGA